AUGGAUAAAUGCAAAAUAAUCAUCAACCGUGCACUGCAGGUGGUAUCAAUCGAAGCCAAAAUCACGAUGCGCUCCCUGAAUUUUCUUCUCGCUAGUUGUUUGGCUGCUGCCCUAACAGUCGCCGCCCAAGAUCGAAUCGUCUGCUACUUCGGAAGCUGGGCUAAUUGGCGACCGGGAAAUGGAAAAUUCGUGACAGCUGACAUAGACGCCUCCCUCUGCACGCACUUCAUCUGGACAUUCGUUACUCUCCAAGGAAAUCAGGUGGUAUCAUCGAAUGGUGAUGGAGUCAAUGGGCUCCGAGAGUUCACUCAGCUGCGUGACAAGAACCCCAAAGCUAAACUCCUAAUCGCUAUCGGAGGGGCUGUAGACAGUCAUGGACCUAAAUACUCCAACAUGGUGUCCUCCGCUGAAUCCCGUAGGCAGUUCAUAGACAGCACUGUGGCCUUGUUGAAGCAGUACAAAUUUGAUGGUUUCGACGUUGACUGGGAGUAUCCAACUCGCAACGGCGGAGUUCCAGCUGAUCGCAACAAUUUUGUUUUACUUCUGAAGGAGUUGAAGGAACGUUUUACCAAGGAAGGAGGUCUUAUACUCACAGCAGCUGUCGCCGCAGGUACCUGGACUGCAUCACAGGCGUACGAUAUUCCGGCGAUCAGCCAACAUUUGGACUUCAUCAAUGUAAUGACCUAUGAUUUCCAUGGAUCGUGGGAGCCUAGGACCGGUCAUCAUGCUGGACUUCGUGGAGAUCUGUCAGUGGAAUCGUGUGUCAAAUACUGGCUGGCUCAAGGCUGUCCCAAAGAGAAGCUAGUCGUUGGUGUUCCAACUUACGGUAAAACUUGGACUCUGGCGGAUCCGAAUAAUAACGCUCCAGGCGCUCCAGCACCGUCCGCCGGACAACCUGGACCGUACGUCCGAGAACCAGGAUCGUUUGGUUAUAAUGAACUUUGCGAACAGAUUCGGCAAGGUCAGUGGACAGUUCGGUUUGAUGAGAGAGCAAGAGCUCCGUAUGCCUUCAAGGGAAACCAGUGGGUCAGCUAUGACAAUGUCAAAUCCGUGACGGAGAAAGCCAACUAUAUCAAGGAAUUGAAACUCGGUGGUGCCAUGAUCUGGAGUUUGGAAACAGAUGACAAGAACGGCGCCUGCGGAGAGAAGUUCCCAAUCCUCAAAGCCCUGAAUGCGGUUCUUCGUGGGGGACAUGCGGUCAAAGAGGAAACUCCGGCACCAACGACAAUGACCAGUGCUACUCCAACAUCUAUUCCGGCAUCAGGAACUAAGGCAAACACGAGUUCUGGUCAAUGCACUCGAGAGGGCAAUAUUGCUGAUCCAUCUUCUUGCGGGUACAUUACAUGUGUUAAUAACGGAGCUGGUGGUUUCACCCGGUAUGAGAGACAGUGUGCACCGGGACUCUGCUACAAGGCUGCCACUGAUAAUUGUGAUCGUCCUUGAAUGUCGCGGAUUCUUCGGAUGAUGAAUGGAAAUUGAUAUGUAGUAUGAUAAUCCGAUGCCAGCUGUUGACCGAAUAUUCGUAGUAUGUGAAUGAACGUGUUGAUGAUUCUAUGAAGAUAUAAAUGUAUUUAAUUCUUACUGUACACUACCGGGAAACUUUGGACCAAAACAACAAAAUUUGAAUAAAUAAAU